AUGGAUUCGCAGUUGUGGAUGUGGUUGUGGUUGAUGAUCACAGCCACUGUCGUUCAAGCUCAAAACGCUACUACUGAUCCAGCUGAAGUGCAAGUUAUAAAUGAAAUGUUCAGGCAAUGGGGGAUACCAGAAAGUGCAGUUACAGCAAUGGGAUGGAACCUAAGCGGAGAACCAUGUAGUGGCUCUGCAGUGGAUUCUAUAGACUUUGAAUCACCGGCUUACAAUCCCGGCCUCAAAUGCAACUGUAAUUUCCCCAAUUCAACUUGCCACAUCACCCAGAUAAAAGUUAUUGCAAUGGAUGCUACGGGCCCGAUCCCUGAAGGACUCUGGACUUUGACUUACCUUAUCAACCUUAAUUUGAACCAGAACUACUUGACGGGCACCUUGUCACCUUCCAUUGGCAAUUUAACUCGGAUGCAGUGGAUGACUUUUGGAGCCAAUGCUUUGUCAGGGAAGGUUCCACCGGAGCUAGGGCUGCUUACUGACCUUAGAUCACUGGCGUUUGACACAAACAAUUUCAGUGGUUCCCUGCCAUCUGAACUUGGAAAUUUGCGAAGAUUACAACAGCUUUACAUUGAUAGUUCUGGAGUUAGCGGCGAAAUACCUUCCACAUUUUCUAAUUUACAGAACCUGGUCACAGUAAGGGCUUCUGAUAAUGCAUUCACGGGGAGAAUACCUGACUUUAUAGGGAAUUGGUCGCUGUUGCAGUCAUUGAGACUUGAGGGGAUUGCUUUUGAAGGUUCAAUUCCACCUUCAUUUUCUCAACUGACCUCUUUGCAAGACUUGAGGAUAAGUGGUUUAUCUAAUGGAACUUUGGAGUUUAUAAAGGAUUUGAAGUCCCUAAGCGUUCUAAGUUUGAGGAAUAACGGAAUUUCUGGAUCAAUUCCAACUGACAUCGGUGAUUAUAAAAAUUUGACGCGACUGGAUUUGAGUUUCAACAAUCUAAGUGGAGAGAUUCCAAGAGAAUUGUUCAACUUGAAUCAAAUCUCUUUUCUGUUUCUUGGAAACAACAGCUUAACAGGUACGCUUCCUGAUGUAAAGAGCACAACCCUCCGCAAUAUUGAUGUAUCAUACAAUGAACUAUCUGGGGCACUUCCUUCCUGGGUCAAUGUGCCAAACUUGCAACUUAACUUAGUUGUUAACAACUUCGAUUUAGGUGGUUCAGAAAACAGUGGUUUGCCUUCGGGGCUAAAUUGUCUCCAGAGGAACUUCCCUUGUGGUCGUGGGUCGCCAAGAUACAGUGAGUUUGGAAUAAAUUGUGGUGGUCCUGAAAUUACAUCAGCUAGUCAAACAGUUAAAGAGCAAGAAAACGAAGCUCUUGGACCAGCAACAUACUAUCUGACUUCAGAAAGGAGGUGGGGUGUUAGCAAUGUUGGACAAAGGGACAACCCGGCAUACACAGCAUCCCUUUCACGUCAGUUCACAAAUACUUUAGAUCCACAACUAUUCCAGACAGCACGAAUCUCGGCUGGAUCGCUAAGAUACUAUGGUUUAGGGCUGGAGAACGGUAACUACAUUGUGAACCUCCAAUUUGCAGAACUACAGAUAGAAGAUGGUCCCACUUGGAGGAGUCUCGGAAGGCGCGUCUUUGACAUUUAUCUUCAGGGAAUCCUGGUAUUCCCAGAUUUUGAUAUAAAGAUGGCAGCAGGAGCCUCCUUUAGUCCUGUUUCAAGGGAAGCAACGGUUAAGGUUUCAGAUAACUACCUUGAGAUACAUUUAUUCUGGUCUGGAAAAGGGACUUGCUGUGUACCUGUUCAAGGGACUUUUGGACCUCUUAUCUCUGCAAUCACUGCCACCGCAAACUUUACCCCCUCUGUGAGCAACACUCCACUGUCUAGAAAAAAGAACAGGACCGGUUUGAUUGUAGGGAUUUUCGCUCCUAUUGCAACUGUCAGCUUUCUGUCACUAUUAGCCCUAUAUAUCUUUAGUCGGCGAAGGAAAAGGCAGGAUACCACUGACAAUUAUCCAGAGUUCCUUGGCAUCGAUAACAAACCAAAUAUCUUUGGUUACGGAGACCUAAGAGAUGCAACUGAUUAUUUUAGUCCUGCAAACAAGCUCGGUGAGGGAGGUUUUGGAUCUGUUUACAAGGGGACACUUGCUGAUGGUAGAGUAAUAGCUGUUAAACAGCUCUCCAUAAUCUCCCAUCAGGGCAAGAAACAAUUUAUGGCAGAAAUUGCGACAAUAUCCGCUGUCCAACACCGUAACCUUGUGAAAUUGUAUGGAUGCUGCAUUGAUGGAGAGAAACGACUUCUUGUUUACGAGUAUCAUGAGAACAAGAGUCUUGAUCAGGCAUUAUUCGGAAUGAACAGCUUGUCUCUUAAGUGGUCGACCCGGUUUGAAAUAUGCCUGGGAAUAGCACGUGGUCUUUCAUAUUUGCAUGAGGAAUCUCGCAUACGGGUUGUACACCGAGAUGUCAAAGCUAGCAAUGUUCUACUUGAUUCUGAUCUGAACCCCAAGAUCUCAGACUUUGGUUUGGCCAAACUCUAUGAUGACAAGGAAACACACAUGAGUACUCAUGUUGCGGGCACAAUUGGGUAUCUCGCACCAGAAUACGCUAUGCGUGGACGCCUUACAGAAAAGGCUGAUGUGUUUGGCUUUGGAGUCGUAGCUUUAGAGAUCAUCAGUGGAAGGCCUAAUUCUGAUUCAAGUUUGGAAGAUGAAAAAAUGUAUCUUCUUGAAUGGGUAUGGAACCUAUAUGAAGCUAAUAGCGUACUUGAGUUGGUGGAUGAAAGAUUGUCUGAGUAUGACGAAAAUGAAGCAAGAAGAAUGAUGAGAGUCGCCCUUUUGUGCACCCAAACCUCACCAAAGCAACGGCCAUCAAUGUCACGGGUGGUGGCAAUGCUCUCAGGAGACAUAGAAGUAACUGAUGCUAUUACUCGGCCCGAGUACUUGACUGGUUUUAAUUUUAGUGAUGUUACAACCUCCACAAGUGGCAUUUCAACUUCCGGUACUGAUUCCCUGCCUAAUAUAAAUCACUGCAUUGUUCCACCUCCUUCACGUAAUAAUGCUUCCAAACCAAUGCUUCAAGAUAUCGGUGGAGAAGCUGCACUGUGA